GCAAGCGCUGCGCUAGAAAGCAUUUAUUUCGGGCAUUCCAAUUUUCUACAUUUUCACUGUUUUUCCUCGGUUGUCUUGCGCUGCUUCCAUCGCGCUAUCUGUCUAUUUUUUCCACGUUGGCAAUUUGUUUUUGUCUGCCGCGCUAGCAUCGCGUGCCUUCGCCGCGCCACUGAUUGAGCUGUUUACAAGUUGCCGCGCGUACCGAGCGCUACGCUCAACAAGCUGCUUGCCAAACCACAAACACACGCAUAUAUAGAUAUAUGUAUAUAUCUCAGUAGCCACGCUAUUGCUGUUGUAGCUUGUUGUUGCUGCAUUUAGCCGCGCGAAUUGCUGCUGUUGCUGCCACUGUUGUAUUCGCGGCAGUAAAAGCGCUAACGCUAGCUGCUCGCCGCCGCCACCACCACCGCCCAGGCGGCAAUUGGCAGACCGACAAGCAACAACAAACAUGUGAGACAACAAGCUAGCGCAAGCAUGUGUCGUUGGCCGUGGCUAAGACGAACAGGCGCACAGCAAGGCACAGCAAGCAAGUACCAAAAGCGACAGCCAACAGCUAUGUAACAACCAACAGCCAACAGCUCAGCGAACAGCCAACGCGAUGACGCGCCGUGAAAACUCGCCAACAAACGCAAAGGCAUUAAGAAAAACACACAACAACGACAACAAUAACAAUGGUGGUGUUGGCAAAUGAGUGCGCCAGCAACAAACAACAAAAGCAAAGAAAGUGCCAGUCAGCGGUCGGGAGAGUGGGUGCUUGCGGCCGCGAGCGCGUUUGAUUCGAUUUGGGAGUAAUGCUGCCGUCAGUGCCGGCGCUGCGGAGACUUUAUUUGUGUAAAAUGCCUGUCUCGCCUGUCAGAAAAGCGCUCAGCAGUGCUCAGUGUUCGGCGCUCAGCUGUUGGCGGCCAGCAAGCGCGCUCACUCACUCCCAGCGCCGAAAUAGCACACAAAACACGCUAUUUGUGCCGAAGCUAGCCAGCGAACUGGCGCGGCAACUAAACAAAGAAAAGCAGAAAAGCACGCGAUAAACGGGUGAAAAUCAAAUUCGUAUUCUUUGUGUUUAAUUUUUGCGAAGAAGUGCUAAUUUUUCUACGCGCGUUAGUACCGAGUGGCGGAGUGGCAGCUGAUGAAGUAAUAUAUUGGAAAAUUACGUUUUUUUCUUCGCCGUUUGGAGCAAGAAUAUCGCGUUUGAAGGAGUUCUUAGUACAAAUCUGGUGCAGUGCAAAUGAAAAUUUUAGACCGCAGUCAAUUUUCGCAGUGUGAAACAUAAAUUUAUUCAUUAAGCGCACACAGCAAGAUAUACAAAAAUAAGCCGUGCAAAUAAAUAUUUGUGUAUUUGUAUAUAUUAGUUAAAACGAUUUUAUAUUAAAAAACAAAAGCAAUAAACAACAACAACAAAAGAUCGACACUUCAUUUCAACAACGCAAUUCCUGCUGCGUCAAAGCAGCAACAAUCAUUACAACAAACAACAGCCGAGCACCCUUUUCGCCGCCAAUCCCGCUGUCAGCGCCCACAACAAACACACACACACAAGCACACACAUACACAUGUGUUUUAGAUAACACGUCAGUUGUGUGCUGCGCCGUACUAAUUUUAAAACAAAUACAAAGCAAAAAUAAAUCAGAAUAAAAAAGAGCGUGAAAAACAACAACAAAACGACCUUCACUGCAAAUAAGUAAAAUAGAAGAAAAUCAAAUAAAAUCAAAUCAAAGUGUGUAUAGCGAAAUUUAGCUGAAAUCAAUUUAAUUGUAGCAACUGAAAAUCGCAAGAAAACAAAUUGAAGUUUGAGCAAGUGUUGGUGGAAGCAGGUGAGCAGUGAUAAGCAAGUGGUUGCUCAACAGCUUAUCGGUGUGUAAAACAACAAAAAAUAUUAUUUUGGUUCUCCGUGAGUGUACUGGAAGUGCAAAGUCCUGCUAAGGCACUGUAAAGGGUGCUCUUUGUGGAAAAAAUAAAAAAAAUUCUUUUAGUACAACAGUCUUCAGAUAAGCCGUCAAAAUAGGUACCCGCUUGCGUGACAAUAAUCCCGACAAAGACAACAACAACAUGAUAUAUAUAGAUGACUCCGAACCGGAAGGAGAACUUGAACCGGUAUUUCCCUAUCGGGAUGUUACCAUAAGACGUGGCGUUGAUGCAAAUGAAUUAUAUGAAAUACUCGGUGAAGUAGGCAGAGGUAAAUUCGGCACGGUCUACAAAUGCCAAGAGAAGGAGAAUGGUCUGAAGCUCGCCGCCAAAUUUGUGCCCAUCCCCAAACGUGAAGACCGUCGCAAUGUGGAGCGUGAGGUGGAGAUUAUGAACUCACUGCAACAUCAUCUCAUUAUACAGUUAUACGCGGCGUAUGAGCAUCAGAAAAUGAUGUGCGUCGUGCUGGAGUUAGUCGAAGGCGGUGAACUAUUCGACCGUGUGGUGGACGAUGAAUUUGUGCUGACCGAGCGCGUUUGUGUAGUUUUCAUACGGCAAGUUUGCGAGGCCAUGGAAUUCAUACAUCGUAAUAACAUUUUACAUCUGGACUUGAAGCCAGAGAAUAUUUUGUGCCUGACACAGGAGGGAAAUCGCAUCAAGAUUAUUGACUUCGGUUUGGCGCGUAAAUAUGAUCCCAACAAGCGAUUGCAGAUUCUCUUUGGUACACCCGAAUUUGUCGCGCCCGAGGUUGUGAAUUUCGAUUGUAUUUCUUAUGCGACGGAUAUGUGGAGUGUUGGUGUGAUUUGCUAUGUGCUCAUCUCCGGCCUCUCACCGUUCAUGGGUGAAACAGAUAUUGAAACGAUGGCUAAUGUGACAAUCGCCAAAUAUGACUUUGAGGAUGAGUCAUUCAGUAAUGUGUCACCAGAAUGUUUGGAUUUUAUAGGAAAGCUGCUGGUGAAGGACUUGCAGACCCGCAUGACAGCCGCGCAAUGCCUGGAACACAAUUGGCUACAGCGGCGACCCAAACCGCCGAAAAUACUCGCGCCAAAGCCUUCCAAUGUGCCGCCACCGAAAUUAAAAGCGGCCACACCUUCACCGGUGCCACCGCAAGAAGAGGAAAACGUAGAAGAUCUGGCGUGCGUGCCAGAGCCAGAGCCAGCCGCAACAGUGGAAGCUGAGAAAGCUGAAAAAGAAGCAAUUGUAAUACCAGCUGACACGAACACGGCGGAGGCUAAAGAGCUCGAUACCACCAAGGACAAUUUAAAGAAUUUCAUCGAACGUUGGGAGGAGCAUCCCAAUAGCCCGUACGUGUUCGAUGUGGAGAGCAAUGUAAUUGCGCCGCUCAGCGAGACAUCAUUCAAUAAGACACACGGCCGAGAUAGCAUUUCGUCGUCACGAGUUUGCUCACCAUCGCCGUGCGAGUCUAUCGAGACGAUCAUCGAUGAUGAUGUGUUCAGCAAUGCCGAGCAGGACAAUGACAGUCCCAGCACACUAGCCACACCGAUCAAUGAGUCGCGCGAGAAACUCUUCCCCAGCAGCAUCUCGUUAGCGCCCACUUCAGGCGGUGCCACACCCACACCGACCAGCACUACGCCUACACCACAGCCACCGCUACAAUACGGACCGCAGCACUUACUCGGACGGCGCGGCUUCGGUGAUGAGUUCGGCGGUAGCGGUACAAAUCUCAAUCAACAGGAACGCAGCAUGAAGAGCUAUCUACACACCUUCGAUCGACGCAAUUCGGACACAAGCUACUUGAUCGGACGACGCGCUUCGGGUGAGCGCGUUAAUUUGGCCGAUGAAAUACGAAAAUUGUCCGAUCAUUUGCUUAUGUUGGCGGAGAUCAACACAAAACUCGGCAGUGAGACCAAGUUAGACGCGGACGCGAAUAAUAACAAGCAUAGCAAGGCGAAAGCCAGCGGCGAGACGACUAAAGUAAAAACGAACGCAACGACCAAAGAGUCUACGUCCAAAAAGACAGCGACCACUAGCAAAAAUAAGGUAGCAAAAACUGAAAGUAGUGAGUACACGACGGUAUCAAGCAACACAGCCACCACAAGCACUUCGAAUACAACAACAAGCUAUAGUAGUAGCGUAACCAGUGCAAAUGGCGUGAAAUCGAAGUUUAGCACAGUCUCCAUGCGUCUACAGCAAUCGAUCGAGGAGACACCAAAACUAACUAAUGGCGGUCCCAGCUUCGGUGUGCCCUGGAAAUCCAGCAUAAAUAGCACAACCAACAAAUCAAGCGCCAAAAGCACAACGUCAACAGUGAAGACAAGGAAAACAGUGUCGGUGGCCAGCAACGAAGAGUGCUCGCUGCAACGUCAAACCCACGAAUCGGCGAGUGUACGACGUGCCAAAUUUCGCAUCAAUCAAAUGUCACGCGAUGUACCGAUCGGUGUGCCGAACAUACACCAAGCGGUUAAUCUUGAAGAGGCAGCUAACACCACCAAGGACUGUCUUUUGCAUCUGCUGGAGAAGUACAACGAGAACGAGUCGAAUAAGUGUCGCAAUCCGAUGACGCGUCAUCAGAGCAUUAGCGUCGAUUGGAAUGUGAGCGAUAAUUUGGAAUACCGUUCCAUGAGCUCCAUUAAUGCGUUCUUCCAGCGACACAACAACACCGGCGAGCAUGUACGCCAGCUGCAGGCCCAAUUGGAGAACAAAACCGGUUCGACGGCCAGCGGCAAGUCUUCUGGUGGUGCUUAAGUUACCUAAUGACGUCGGUAGCUCGUACAGUAUGGCCUGUAGCUAAAUCUAGUCCGCAAUAUGUUCGCUCUUUACUUUAAAGAUGUGCAGAGAUUAAUUGAAACAUGACUUUCUUCUGUUAAGCUAAAGAUUUAUUUUUGAAGCAAUGUAAUAAUAUUAAUUUAAAUAUUAUUUUAUGAAAAUUUAUUAGUAAAUUAUUAUUUAAAUAAAUAAAACGCUGCAGAAAUUGCAAAUUAAAUAAAA